AUGGCUACAUAUUGCUUACAGAACCAUAAAAAUAUUGACAAAAUUAAUACUUUCACUUCGUCAACAAAAGGGGCCCCUCCGUUCCCAUUAGGUUGGCGUACUGGAGGGUGCCAACCUUGGCUGUUCUUUUUUGUUUUUUCUUCCUUAAUUAAUGGAGUAUUGGCGAUCGAAAACAUCCAAAUAUUUGGAGGUGCAUUUGGUGGCGCAAUUUUUUCUUGUGUUGUCUUCUACAUUUCUCUUUGCCUUUACAACAAAUAUUAUGACAAAUUAUUUACAAAUGAUGACAACAAGAAAGAAGCCAAAAUGGAAGAAGGAAAACAAUUACAAAAGAUAUUAAUUAAACAAGAGGAGACAACAGAGGAAGAACAACCCUCCACUAUUGAAAUUGACUUUACUCAAGCAUCGGAGUUAGAUAAUGGAGUUGACAAGCAAGAAAUUAUUGAAAAGAAGGAUGUUUUGGUUAAAAAUUUUGAUAAAAAUGUUCUUUUAAAACGCUCCAAAUCAGUUACAAAUUUGUCUAUUGCUGGUGGUUCAUUAAAGCGUUGUUGUUCAUGUCGGGAAAUUAAUAUGGAAAUGGAUAAUAAGUCAGUUUGUUCUUCAAUUGACUGGGAGUCAGAUUUUGAUGACUGUGUUGGUGGCGUUUAUCCUAUUGGUGGAGAAACAUGUAUUGAAUGCCAUAUUCAGCCUAAUGGAAAAACAGGACUCACUCCGGACGAAAAGAUGGACUUGGCCAGCCAUGAGGCUGGCCAUGCCUUUGUUGCAUUUCUCCUCGGAGUUCCUAUAACACUCUUGCCUGAAGGGCAAUUAUUAGGACACACGCUAGUUAAGUUUGGAGACAAACAAGUGAUAUCAAAGGAGGAGAAGGAAAAGCAAAUUACAUGUUUGUGGGGAGGUCGAGAAUCAGAGAAGAAAUUACGUGGUAAAAUAACCACGAUGUUUAAGUCAGAUCAAAGGGCAAUUAAAGAAGUUCUUGAACCUAUGGGUCCUGAGUUUGGCUUGAGUGACAACGAUGCCCUUUAUGUUUUCAAAGCUGAGUCUGAGAAAUUCAAAGGGAUGAAAGACGACGACAAAUACUUGAUUGGAAAUAAUUGUAAAUUAAAAGCAAGACAAUUAAUAGAACAAAAUGCUGCUGCUGUGGAGGCGUUGGCCUCAACCCUUUUUGGUUGUGAGGAAAUGGUUGGGGAACAGCAAAUUAAAGAAACAUUGAUUAAACUUCAACAGCAGUACACCGGAAACAAAUAA